UACAAAAUAUCUAAUUAAAUAAAAAUUAAAUAAUAAAACAAAAUGCCUGUGAUCCUUAUCACCGUAAUAAUAAUAUUAAUGUUAAUCACAUAUACCAUUACAAUAUCACUUGAUUCUGGCAGCUACUACGGUUACAUAUCAAAAAGUAAUUACAAAUUAUCAAAUCGUCGAUUGGCACAAAUAUUAAAUGGUAACGUAAUGUCGAAUUUGCCAAACAUAAUAACUAAUUCAAAACAUGAAACCGUUUGCUCAACAUCAUUUGCAUUAUAUUUAACCAGUUUGCCGGAUAAAUUAUUAAUGACUGAUGAUUACGAACUACACAACGACUCUACCGACUCCGAGUAUGACAACGAGUGCCAGAAACUUUGUCCAGAAUCAUCAUUGGAGUCAUUAAUAAUCCGUGAUAGAAAUAAACAAGAAAUAUUUAUCGAUAACAAGCAACUGUACGAAGGUGUUUGGUGUGUAAAAAAGCGCCCUAAUUGUAAUUUGCGUACCACAUAUGCCAUUAUGACAAUCGACAGUUCCGCAGUUUGUAACCCGAAAUUUCCAAAUUUCUUUGGCGGUCCAGAAGGCAACAAAGUUCUUGCCUGUAAUAAUACAGUAUACAGUGAUCCGAGCAAUGUGCUGAUGGAUUACAAAGACGAUCGUGUCAACGGUGAACGUGUCGAUCCACGAACCAUAGUCAUGCAAGACGAAGAUGAAAAAUUGGAUGACAAGGAGACUGAGACAUCUUAUAGAUUCCGGUGCCUAUUUGAAGGUACUGACGCGAUUGGAAAUAAAUUCAUCGCCCAUCCGGCUAGUCGUCUUCAUCCGAUUCGUAAUCCCUGUACGAUGGAAGUACCGAAUGCUGACUCAAGUAUUGUAUUCAACAGUAGUCAAGGCACUUGUGAUUGUGGUACCAACUCAAGAAUCGGCAAUCUUAUUACUGGUGAUACUAGAUCACGUUGUACUUCUUGCAAGAUAGAAAGUAAGACAAUCAGUACGAUAAAGAAUGAUAGUGUCUAUUCAGAGAUCGGUAUAUUGGAAAUUAAAGACGAAUGUUUUAUUAGUGAUGCAAAAUACUGGGAAGCGCGUUACAAGUUGCCGUGUUAUCUGGGUAAGCCUGGAAAAAACGACGUACCUUGUCAACGUAUAUUUGAUUUGAAGUUCGAAAAAUUUAAAUAUACACAUGGUUUAAGAAUGCCACUUUGUCCGAAAUAUGGUACUAACGAAGACAAUAUUAAUGGUAGUCUGGAACAUAUCAAAGCUUAAUCUACAAUGAUUUGAUUAACGAUUUAUUAAUUAACAUUGAAAAUUUAAUUUUUAA